UGAUCGUCCCGUACUUGAAUCUCUCUCUCUCUCUCUCUCUCUCUCGUCCAUCCUCUACUCACAUUCAUACUCGAUCUACGGCUGGGGUUUCAUCAUGGCACUCCCUCCUAAGUAUACCGAUGACCCGGCGCCAGAGGCACCAACGAUCAAGACGUAUGGCGCGACGCCCAAUACGUCUCAGGCGAAUGAGCCUCUACUCGCACAGUCAGCGUCUGCUCCUCGAGCUGGUGGUAUGCCGGGAUCAUCAACAGGAAACACAUGGAUGGACCAGCCCUCCGAGGAUGAUAUCCCUGACGACUUUAAAGUCGGGGUUGCAGUCAUCGAUUGUGAUGCCGCCAUCAGACUCGCGUUCAUUCGGAAAGUCUAUUCUAUCCUGUUCAUCCAGCUCUUGGCGACGGCAGGUGUAUCGGUCGUCCUGAGUCUACCUCAGGCGACAUCAUUCAUGCAACAACACGGAUGGAUCAUUUGGAUCCCAGUCCUAGGAAGUUUCGCAAGUCUCAUGGGUGUUUACUGGAAACGACACCAGCACCCGGCAAACUUGAUCCUUUUGGGAUUAUUCACCAUGUUCGAGGCCAUGAUGGUGGGAACGGUCGUCAGCUACUAUGAGAGCAGAAUCGUUCUCCAAGCGUUGUUCAUCACCAUGGGAAUAUUCAUCGGGCUCACCCUCUUCACUUUCCAGACCAAGUGGGACUUCUCAUCCCUUGGCCCAUUCCUCUUUGCUGGAAUCAUGGGCCUCCUCACCAUGUCUCUGGUGCAAAUAUUCCUACCUUUCAACGCCAAUGUCGAUCUCGCCAUUGCGGGAUUCUCAGUCAUGCUGUUCUCUGGCUUUGUCCUAUACGACACACAGAUGAUCAUGAAGAGACUCAGUCCUGAUGAGCACAUCGUCGGCGCGCUUCAAUUAUACCUGGACUUCAUCAACCUCUUCCUUGCUGUUCUGCGUGUCCUCAACAACCAAAACAACCGAUAAAAGUGCUUUUGAUCGACCCAUGGUUGCACAGUUGCAGUCAUAUGUGCAAAUCUCCACUUUCCCCCCAUGUUACACUUGCCACAACCGUUUCCCUUGCGCUUCUUGUCCGGCCUCGAUGACUUUUUUUGUACAGGCAUGUAUCUGAUUUGCACUGAUCAUGUCACACUACGCCUGUGGA